AUGAUGCAAGAGUCGGGGACAGAGGUGACAAACGGAACAGCCAAUCAGAACGGCGCCCCACCUAGUGUGGAGGGACACAGAGAAGUUCGAUCCAAGAGCGCCACUCCUUCCUCUGACAUCACAGCAUCUGACCUCGUCAACUUCCAGCAGCAGCAGGCCUUACAAGUUGCACGACAGAUCCUUCUCCAACAUCAACAGCAAAGCAGUGCCCACAAGUCCCCAAAAAACAAUGACAAGAAACCUCCACCACAGGUCCCAGUUUCUGUUGCUAUGAUGACACCACAGGUCAUAACUCCUCAGCAGAUGCAGCAGAUCCUCCAACACCAAGUUCUGAGCCCACAGCAGCUCCAGCUGUUACUGCAGCAGCAACAAGCACUGAUGUUACAGCAGCAGCAACUCCAGGAGUUCUACAAGAAACAGCAAGAACAACUCCACCUUCAGUUCAUCCAGCAGCAGCAUGGCAGCAAACAGCAGAAUAAAGAGGUGUCUGCGCAGCAGUUGGCGUUCCAGCAACAGCUGCUCCAGGUUCAGCAGCUCCAGCAGCAGCAUCUCCUGAGCCUGCAGAGACAAGGCCUGCUGUCCAUUCAGCCCAACCAGACUCUGCCCCUGCACUCCCUCACUCAGGGCAUGAUUCCAGCCGAACUGCAGCAGCUGUGGAAGGAGGUGACAAACAACCAUGUGAAGGAGGAGAUCAGCGCGACUAAUAACGGUCACCGGGGUCUGGACCUGUCGUCUCCCUCCCCCGUUCCCCCCAAAAACCACAACCAGCAUGCAUCCACCAACGGCCAGUACAUCAGCCACUCGCUCAAGAGAGAGGGAUCAUCGUUGGAUGAUCAUUCUCCUCACAGUCACCCUCUCUAUGGCCAUGGAGUCUGCAAAUGGCCAGGAUGUGAAGCUGUGUUUGAAGACUAUCAGUCAUUCCUGAAACAUCUGAAUAAUGAACAUGCCUUGGAUGACAGGAGCACGGCUCAGUGCAGGGUACAGAUGCAAGUAGUUCAACAGCUGGAACUGCAGUUAACGAAAGACAAAGAGCGUCUCCAAGCAAUGAUGACUCAUCUUCAUGUGAAGUCUACAGAGCCCAAACCUGCCCCACAGCCACUGAACCUGGUCUCUAACGUCACCCUGUCCAAGACGGCUCCUGAGGCUUCGCCGCCCCUAAGUCUGCCCCAAACGCCUACUACCCCGACGGCCCCCCUCACACCGCUCUCACAAACCCACUCCGUUAUCACCCCCACCAGCCUGCACAGUGUCGGUCCCAUGCGCAGACGCUACUCGGACAAGUACAUCAUGCCCAUAUCUCCAGAUAUUGUCCAGAACAAAGAGUUCUACAUGAAUGCUGAAGUACGACCUCCUUUCACAUAUGCUUCGCUAAUAAGACAGGCAAUACUAGAGUCGCCAGAAAAACAGCUAACACUAAACGAGAUCUACAACUGGUUCACGCGAAUGUUUGCAUAUUUCAGACGCAAUGCAGCAACAUGGAAGGGUGCCGUGCGCACCAAUCUCUCCCUGCAUAAAUGUUUUGUAAGAGUUGAGGAUGACUUUGGGUCCUUUUGGACCGUAGACGAAGAAGAGUUUAAACGCGGUCGCCACAUACAACGAGGUCGCCCCAGGAAGCACGCGGCUGACGAAAGCUGUGACGAGCUGCUUGUUCAAAGUCCAGCUCUAGUAAAGAACAUCCAUACCACUUUGGGAUAUGGCCCCGCUCUUUCUGCAGCCUUCCAGGCUUCAAUGGCAGAGAACAACAUACCUCUAUACACUACCGCUUCCAUCGGAAGUCCCACUCUUAACUCGCUUGCCAGAGCCAUCCGAGAUGAAAUGAAUGGGGCCAUGGACCACGGGAACAGCAACGGUAGUGACAGCAGCCCUGGACGCUCACCCCUGCCAGCUAUGCAUCAUAUCAGCGUAAAAGAGGAGCCACUGGACCCCGAGGAGCUCGAAGGUCCCCUUUCCCUUGUGACCACAGCCAAUCACAGUCCAGACUUUGACCACAACAGAGAUUAUGAGGAUGACCACGAUCACGAGGACAUGCUGUAAGCCUGGUUUCACCCAGGUCCUCUGCUGAAAAGGCCAUACUAACUGCGGUCACCUGUGAGACCACUCCAGAAAUAGCGAGCCCAAGACUGGAUUCCCAAUCCUCUUGCUGACAGCUAUUAAAAUGUUCCAAUUUACUCUUAGUGCCAUUAAAUACGAAACAAAAUACGAGAUAAGAAAAUCUAUUCCAUUUGGAAGUAUUUUUGAUUUGUUUCUACUUUUCGGUUUAAAGACGAGAAACGUACGGUUCUACUCAUCGCCUGAUGAAGAGUCGUUUGGUACUGGGGCCUGCUUUUACUUCCUUUUGGCAUAAGUGUCACUGAGACCAGAGCGGACAUGAAAACACAGCUGAGAUAGACUCAUUAAUAAACACUGAUCACAAACUCUCACACACACAAAUCAUAAGCGCUCUGAUGAGCGUGCAACUCACAGUGUGCGUGUACGUAUUUGACUUCGUUCUCGAAAGGACCGUUCCCCCAAAAAUGAAAACUCUGUCAUCAUUUACUCACCCUUAUGUGGUUCCGAACCCAUAUGACAUUCUUUCUUCCAUGAAACACAAAAUGAUUCGUUUUGAAGGGUAUACUUUGUUGCUUUUUCAUAUAAUCAGUAUAAUGAGAGUGAAUGUUCUCCCUGACUUCAUGAGAGAAGUAGGGUUGUCUGAACUGUGAGCGAAUCACUUCAGAUCAAGUCAGAUCUUUUUAGUGAAGUAGUUGAUGAAGUACAAAAGCAACUGAUUCUUGACUUCAACUCACUGAUCAGUGAUCUGCUCAUGGCUCAAAGAAAGGGAAGGUUUUCAGUGAAUGGUGACUUGCUGUAGAUUUUGGAUUCUUAGUUUCUUACCAGGAAUUAAGGAAAACGAUAUGGAACCCCUUUAUGAUGCUUUUAUGUCGCGCCACUUCUCAUUAAUUGUAACUGCAUGAAAAAGAGCAGCUGGCACACUCUUUAAAAAUGUCUUAUUAUGUGUUUUAUGGAUAAAAGGAAAGUCAUACAGCAUUUUGAAUAAAUGGCAAAAUGUUCUUUUUUUUUUAAGUGCACUAUUCCUUUCAAAUUUGCUGUCAUCACAGCUGGAGGAUAUCUGUCUGGUGUUUUGAGGGUUCCUGGGCAAAUAAUUUAAACGUAGUGUCUUCUCAUCACUCUGUGCUGUUAGCUAUAUAUGGUUUUUUGUUGGGUUUGUUUGUUUUGGUAACUGAUCAGACCUCAUGAAUAAUGGCGUGGAGUUAUGGCAUGCUUAGCACUGGAUGAAUGUUAAGGCUUCUCAUGCUCUCUUUUUUCCUUCUUUCUUUCCUUUACGAAAUUGAAACAGAAUGUCACAUUACCUUGUAGUAUUUUUCUGUCAUUUGUUGCAAGCAUUUCGGAUCACUGCUUUGCAGUCACAUUGCCCUUGCAUGCAGACACACAAACACACACACACACACUCUUUCUCGCUCAUGAAGUCCAUCUGCAAAUGCACUACUCGUAAUGAAGGCUCCCUCUCCACGCACCAAUGAAGUUUAAUUUUCACGUGGAAUGAAUGACAGAGAAAUCAACGCAGGUUCACGUUUAUCGUUGUGAAAUUAUACUUUCAAAAUCCCCUUUUGUGGUGAUGCAUGUUAGCAUCAAAUCGCUGAUCGAAACCAUCAUCUGUACUGCAAAAUGAAAAGUAAAAAAAAAUUGAAAUAAGCACCAGGGAGAGGAUUGUUAGACAAAAGCUAAUUGUGAUUCCUGAACGUUAUUGUCGGCGUAUAUGAAACUUUUUGCCUUUUUAUUCAACUCUUGUCUAAAAAGACUUUAAACUGCAUUCCUCUAGUUUCAAUAUCGGUCUCGCCACAUCAAUGAUAAGCUCAGUCUCUGUUUUUAGUUACAUGAUAAUACUUACACACGGGAUAAAUGUUAAAGGGAUUAUAAACCGAGGCUGACGGCACAGCCAUGACCACUGAGCAUUACGGCACUGGGGCAGCCCACUCUGACCAUUCGCUUCUUGCCACAUCAACUUGGCUGUUCCAACGCAGGCCAUUUGAAUCCAGGAAGCAGCUCCGAAUUGGAAGCUGCUGUCACUGGCUAGUUUUGAUUCAAAUUUCGGGACUGCGCAAGGUUGAGAACAGACUUUAGAUUAGGCUUCUACAAAUCAUACUGACUGCGUUUUGUUUUGUUUUUUCGAAUGACUGCAAUCAACCACUUUCUGUGUUCUUAUUUAUUACUUCCAAUUCAAUUGUCAUCUUUGUGUUUUUUUUUUUGUUUGUUUUUUUACUUAUGUUGAUGUUUAUGUGUCUUAUCUGUGACUACCAAAGAUACAAGAUACUACAAGUUGAUAUAUUCUAUGUUCCAUGCAAUAGCUAAACGAAAGGCCAAAUAUCCUUAUAGUGUUCCCCGCACUGGCAGGACGCAAUGUCUUUUACUGUGUCUGGCUUAUGUUGAAGAAGAAGAAAAAAAGCCAAAGGGUUGUUCGAUGGGCAGCUGUAUGUCUUUGCCUGUGACCAAAAUAGUAGAGGAGAGGCAGAGAUCAAGACCAACACACGACCAAAUCAAAGCUAUGUUGUCUCUGGGCCAAUGAAAAGGAAAAAAGGGAGUGUUCUAUCAGGAAAUGAUGGCUAUAAAGGAGAAGGAUAUGGAUGAAAGAGUUUAGGACUGUGUUCAGUGUCGUCACAGGAAAUUUCAAUCCAGGAGGAGGGGAAAACAUUUGCAUAACACAAUGUGAAUUGAACUUCAAACUGGUCCACACAAUGAUGAGUUUCAUUUGUUCUCGUACUUUAGAUUGUUUUUUUUUUUUUUUAAUUCUUUGAAAAAAUUGUAUGCCACUUACAUUGUAAAUUUGAAACGAGAUUCCCAAUGUCCUUUUGUUAACCUUGGCAAUGCUCUAUGAUUGUGUUUUUUUUGUGUCUGUCAAUUUAUUAAAUUUUAUAUUAAAAAACACUCCUGUCAACCAA